AUGUCAUUUCCCCUCCCGCCCGGCCGCCUCCCCCGCCCCGCCGCACCACCGGCCCACAUUACACAAGUGCCCGGGGCAGCCGCGGCCCGGCCCGCGGAGCCGCUCCCCCCGGCGCUUCAGCCCCGCGCCAACUCCCGCUCUGCAACUUCGCGCCGGGCCGGGGGCGGCGGCCCCGCACGCCCCUCCAGGCGGGACAGCGCCGGGGGCCGCGGCUGCUGCCCGCGGGGUGCGGGCCCCGCUCCGCGGCCCGCGCGGCCUCCGCCGCUCUCUUACCCGGCACCCACCUCGGCGUCAGCGGUGGCGGCGGGUGCCGGGCGCGGGCCCGGCCGAUGUGGCUCCGGCCGCGGGUUCGGGCCGCCGAAGCGCCGCCUGCGAAAGGCGCUCAGCCUGCGGGACGCCUCCGCCCCUCCGGCAGCGGGACCCUCUCGGGGUGUCGCGGGCGUCAGGGCCCCCGGCGCCGCCUCCUCCGGCGCCGCUUCCUCCGCGCCGGGAUUAUCGCCGCGCUCGGGACGGGCCCCGGGACCAUCUCUCCGCCAUUUGCCCCCGCUCCUUCCUGCCGUCACCGCGCGCGCCCGCCCCCCGCCGCCGCGGCCAAUCGCCGCGCUCCUCGCUCGGCCUCCCGCACCGCCUCCGCGCCUGCGCCCUGCCGCGCGGUGCCCGCCGGGAGUUGUAGUUUGCGGCGCGGCGCGGGCCCCGCAGGGCCCGGCCCGGCCCCCGGAGCCGGCGGGCGGGUCCCCGCGGCGGAACGGCCCGAUCCGGGACGGAAAGGGGUGGCCCGACGUGGCGGGCGCCGCCACCUCCCGCGGCCGCCUCCGCCCGGGCCCGCGCGGAGGCUCUGAAGGCGGGGCCAGCGGGGCCCGCCGCGGGCAGCCCCGACCGGCCCCACCCCGAUGGCGCUCAGGCCCAGGUGGGUCCCGGCGCCCGUCGAGGAGUGUGGGAGUAGCCCGGGCAGCCCAGCCCGGCGGGAGCCGCGGAGGGCCCGAACCCUGCCCGGGAGUUGGGCAAGGCAGCAGGCGCUGCAGCGGCCCUGCGGGCACUCCAUGGGAAGUUUGCGGUGCCUCGUGCAGGGCACAGGAGCCCCCUGCGCUCGGUGCCGCCCUGGCUGUACUCACAGUGAGCGCCCGGCCGCCACAUCCGCUCCGGGCAGGAAACAUGCUCUGCACACAGGGCCCGGAACGAAGCGGGGCAGGUCUGAAACUGCGGCUCUCACAUGCUCCCGCUUCCACAAGCUGCUACAUCCACCCACACGCGUUAGAUUUAUGCACACCUUUGAGGCUUUAA